ACGUCACCUUAGUAUUUUUGAUUGAUUGUGAUUCAAUUUGAAACCCAUCCAUCCACACUCAUUCAACAAUACAUUAAUUCAUUCUCCAAACCAAAACGUAACAUAAUUCUUCUUUCACUCUAAAACGACCUCGUUUCGUCAUUCUUAACCAUGUCGUACGAUUACCUCUUCAAGUACAUCAUCAUCGGCGACACAGGUGUAGGGAAAUCUUGUCUGCUCCUUCAGUUCACCGACAAGAGGUUUCAACCUGUUCAUGAUCUUACAAUUGGUGUUGAGUUUGGUGCUCGUAUGCUCACCAUUGAUUCUAGGCCUAUUAAGCUUCAGAUAUGGGACACUGCUGGACAAGAGUCUUUUAGAUCCAUCACUAGAUCUUACUACAGAGGAGCAGCAGGGGCACUUCUAGUUUAUGACAUUACAAGGAGAGAGACAUUUAAUCAUUUAGCAAGUUGGUUGGAAGAUGCCCGGCAGCAUGCAAAUCCUAACAUGACAAUCACGCUCAUAGGGAACAAGUGCGAUCUAUCUCACCGAAGGGCGGUAAGCAAAGAGGAGGGAGAGCAGUUUGCUAAGGAAAAUGGACUUUUAUUCAUGGAGGCUUCUGCCAAGACAGCUCAAAAUGUAGAAGAGGCUUUCAUAAAGACUGCUGCAAAGAUUCUUCAGAACAUCCAGGAUGGUGUCUUCGAUGUGUCCAAUGAGACAUGUGGUAUAAAAGUUGGGUAUGGACGUCCACAAGGCCAGUCAGGAGGCAGAGAUGGAACUGUUGCUGCAGGAGGUGCAUGUUGCGGCUGAUUGGGAGGAAAACAACUCUGAAUAUAAUCCUUUUCUCAAUCUAUCUCUGGAAAACUGAGUGUAUACUCUUUUAGACUAAACAUGAACUUUUUGAUAAUCCUACAAUUUCAUGUAUAGUUUUUCUUAAAGGCCUUCUUGGGAGGAGAUUUGACUGAAUAGCUGUUAAGCUUAGUAAAUGUUUGAAAUUGUUGGUUGUUAUGUUAAAUGCCAUUAUGAAUUUGUUCUAUGCAAUAGCAUAGAGUAAUUUUAUGAGUAGGUAUUACCUAUGAUAGACACUCAAUUCAAAUAUCAAACAAGUGAAAAUUUGUUUGGCUCA